AUGGAGAAGCUUCCCACGGAGAUGGAAGAGAACAUACUUAGUCGAUUAACAAUGGAAGCAGCUUUACCUGCCAAACAGGUAUGCAAAAAAUGGAGAAUUUUCCUCCGUAGUAAGACCGAUAAGGUAGGUUUGCUUUUCACUUUCACAUAUGGGGAUCAAAACAAAAACAAACUUAGUUAUUGUGAUCAGUAUGAUCCUAUUCUGGGGAAGAUGAACUACAAUUACUCUUACGAUAGUAUUCAGAAUAUACACCUUCGCAAAUUUGUUAAAGACGGAAGUUACAUAAAUAACAUUCUUGGAUCAUGCAAUGGUUUGGUUUGCUUCGGACCUGGAAAGAGUUUCAAAAAAGAUUUCUUUAUUUGCAAUCCCUUUACAGGAGAAGUUGUUUAUGUUCCCGUAUGGGAAAACUGGUCUUGUUUUGUGUCUGGGUUAAGCGGGUUUGGUUACUGUCAUUCAACGAAUGAGUACAAGAUUGUUAGUAUGCAUGAAAUUAAGUACCAAGAUCGAAGCAACUUCCAAGUCCUAAUUUAUACUAUCGGUGGUGGUGGGUGGAGAAGCAAAGGAUCCAUCCAAAUUUCCCCAUCGGAUUCAGCUGCAGCAGGUAUCUACGCAAAUGGGGCUCUUCACUGGCUGCGCGAAAAGGAUAAGAUCCUAGCCUUCGAUUUGGAAGAUGAGAAUUUCCAGGUUAUCCGAUUGCCACGUUUUGAAUACAUGAGUCCCCUCAGGUUGUUGGGAGGGAAUUAUAUGUAUUUGGUGUCUACAUCUUCAUCCCUAAGUGAACCUUAUUGCAUGGAUAUUUGGGCUUAUAAGAGAAAACAUACUAACGCCGCUAAUGGUUAUAAUGGUGUGAAAGAAAAGUACAACUACAGCAAGAAUUCAUGGAACUGGAUCAAGCAGUUCAGUAUAAAGCUGGACAAGAUAGAUUGGUGGUUCUUAAAGCCCUUAGCAAUAACACGUAAUGAUAAAUUUCUGUUGGGUUAUACAAACGAGACUCUCUAUUCUUACGGCCUUAAAACUUCGACUAAGAACGAAAUUUUCAAUGGUCGUGCUACGGGCUGCAACAGGAUAAACGUAAUUCCUCAUGCAAACAGCAUUGUUUCGAUUAUGUCGAAAUCUCCUCAAGAGGUUCAAGUUUUUCUGUAA